AUGAACCUUGUUACACAGGACCACCAGAAGGUUCCUCAGAAAAACAAAGAGCACCAAGCACACCAGCCUCAGGGCACGUCGGUCUACUCUCACGCCGCGUCCAGAUGUUUCUCUCCCAUCGCUUCCUCCUUGGAGGACGAGGUUUUCAUCUCAAUGUCCGGAUGGUCUCAGUCCCUGAGGUCGCACGUGACCCUUUCGGGCGCCGGGCUUCGAGCCCCGCCUGCGGGCCCGGCUCCGGAGCGGGACCCCCGAGCAAACCCGACAUUUGACAUUUUUGGAGGUCGGCGUUUCCCGCCGGCCGUGGCUCACCUCGGACCAAUCAGAUCGCGGGACGCCGCCGCGUGGGCGUCGUCUUUGGACUCCGACCGGCCGCUGCGAGUUUCGUCUCUCGCCGCCAUGAAGACGCUGCGCUUCUUCAUCAUCACAUCGAUGAUGAUGAUGAUGAUGGACGCCGUCUCGGCUGCAGACGAGACGUGCGCCGGUCGCUGCGGUUCCUUCGACCGGUUGAGGAAGUGUCAGUGUGAUUCCGUGUGCGUUUACUACGGAAGCUGCCGUCACGACUUUGACAAAACAUGUCCCCAAAAAAGUGCGCGCGGCGACACUUUCGAGGAAGCCGAAGACAACCGAACCCCGUGGGAGACGCCGCCGGUCGCGUCGGCUCCGACCGCGACGCCGACUCGGAGCGCGAGGCCGGUCGCCUCCGCGGGGCCUACGACGCCCGCGGACCGAGACCGAGACGGCGACGCCUGCGCCGCCUUCCUGCAGCUGAAGAACGGAUCUGUGUACGCCUUGGGAGGCGAGUAUUUCUUCGAGCUGGACGACGCGGCCGUGCUCGCCGGUUAUCCCAAACGGGUCCGGGAGGUGCGGGGAAUGCCGGGGCCCGCGGACGCCGCCUUCACGCGCGUCAACCGCCAGGGAAAGUCGUACAUCUUUAAGGUGAGGCGGUACCGGCGGUUCGACGGCGACGUCCCGGACGACGGCUUCCCCGGGGACAUUUCCGAGGUUCCGGACGACCUCCGCGCCGCCUUCGCCGUGCCCGCGCCCGGUCGCCGUGGCAAAGAGAAGGCCUACUUCUUUGAAGACGAUGGCUACCACGUGUACCGGUUCGUCCGGGACGGCGCCCGGACGACGCGCUCGUCGCCUUCGCCGCUGUUCUCGCGCUACGCUGACCUCUUCUGCCAGCGGAAUUUGGACCGCCUCUUCGCGGAACUCUUCGGGGCCGCAGCCGGAAGCCGCUCUUCGGGGCCGCGCCCCAUCGCUGAGAACUGGCCGGGCGUCAGCCCCCCCGGCGGACGCGUCUUCCGGCGGCAAAGUCGACUAACGCUUUUCGAUGACAUCUGGAGCGAUUUGUUCGAGGUCGGCAAAACGGAGGAGGCGGUCGCCGCGACCGCGGAGACGCUCGCCGGCGCGCCCGUUCAAUACGUUGACUUCUUCGAGAGAGAUGAAUACUACCGAGUCGACUUGCGUACUAAACGCGCGGUGCCCGCCGCGCCGCCUUACCCGCGAUCCAUCGCCGAGUUCCGGCUGGGCCGCCGGCAGGAAGACGUUCCCGACGACACGCGCGCCGAGAGGAGCUAAACAAAGGCGAGGAGCGAGACGCGACAGCGGCGCAAAGUCCGAUGAGCGCAAAUUCAAAGCGCUCGACCCCAGUUGCAUUGUCAACUGCGCGGCAACUCUUGAGUUAUUAUUACUCAUAUUGUUUGUAUAGGUUUUCCACUUUGAACAGUUCACAAAAGAAUCACUGCCUAAGUACAGUUCAGUUGUAUUUAACGUGUUUGACUUUUCACCCAAUCAGAGGUCCGAAGGAGGAAGAUCGGCUGUCCAGGAGUCGCGACGACGCCCCCUGCCGGCAAACGUCACGUUCACUGCAAGCCUGCAAACUAAAUCGAUUCCAACCGCCUGCCGCAAUAACACGCAGCACCUGACUUUUUGACCCACUUAGUUCAUCUGUAAG